UUGGUUUGAGUGCAUGUUGAAAGGCUGCAGGAGCAACACAGGCGAGAAACCCACAGGAGACAUGACGGUGGAGACGAGAGUCAGAGGCACGAGGGGUGCUGCCACAACAAGCGGCAGCAACAGUAGCAGACAGGAGGGCCCUGGAGGACUGUGGGACUCUGUGAAGAAAGCUGCGUUUGUCAUCGGAUCUGGAAUCUUAUUCUUGGCUGCAUUUGGCAACUCGCUGACAUGGCACCUGCAGAGAUUCUGGGGAGCUUCAGGAGAUUUCUGGCAGAACUUGUGGACCAAGCUGUACUUGAAUUUUGAGGGUCAUGAAGCUGCUUUGUUCUACUUCGGGACAAUGUUUUUCCCCACUCUGUCGUUCUGGGCGUCGAAUGCUCUGCUGCUGUUGGUGGACACCACUGGUAAACCCUCCUUUAUCACUCGCUACCGCAUCCAGGUGGACAGGAAUAACCCGGUGGAUCCAGCUAAGAUUCGCCAUGCAGUGAAGUAUGUCAUCUUCAACCAGGUGUUCAUCUCUGGGCCCAUGGUGGUGGUAGCUUACCAACUGAUGAGCUUGAGAGGGAACCCCUGCGGCCCCGAGCUGCCCACCUUCCACUGGGCCCUGAUGGAGCUCGCUUUCUUUGCCCUUGUGGAGGAAGUUAUGUUUUACUAUUCACACAGGCUGUUCCAUCAUCCCAGCCUCUACAAGCACUUCCACAAACAGCACCAUGAGUGGACCGCUCCCAUCGGAGUCGUCUCCAUCUACGCUCAUCCUCUGGAGCAUAUGCUCUCCAACAUGCUGCCGGUGGCGGUCGGACCGGUGCUCCUGGGCUCCCACCUGACCACCACCACCCUGUGGUACUGCCUGGCUCUGGUCAGCACCACCAUCUCCCACUGUGGAUACCACCUCCCCUUCCUGCCGUCCCCCGAGUUCCAUGACUUUCAUCACCUCAAGUUCAACCAGUGUUUCGGGGUCUUCGGUGUGUUGGAUCGGCUCCACGGCACUGACACCAAAUUCAGGCAGACCAAGCAGUACGAGCGCCACACCCUGCUCACCAGUCUCACCCCUCUGAACGAGAGCAUACCCGACGAGCCCAAGAAAGGCCAUUGAUGACCCCUGACCCCUGACCUUCAAUCUCAGGCCCUGGCCUCGCCAAGUUUGGGAUUGGUUCCUGAUCAAUCUUAAAUGACUAUCAGAUUUUGAUUAUUUUAAUCCAGAAAAUCCGUUGAUCAGUUUCAGACAGUGACCAUCUUUUAUUUUUCCAGGUAGAAAUGUUGUUGCACUUUAUCCGACAUGCACAUUUCAUUAAGUUUGGCCUCUAUGUUUACUGUCGCCGUGGAGACGCCUGUCACUGUGAUUAUUUUUAACUUUUUUCCCCCCCAUGAUAUCAACUUCAUGUGACCUAGAAAGGCUGCUAUUGUAGUUAAUAAUGUGGUUUAUGGAUGGUAAUGUACGGAGCUGUCAGUAGUUUGGGGUUAUUGUCUGGUAAUAUCUUAGGAAAGUUUAUGCCAGGUGCGUGAUUUUAAAAUACAAAAUAUUCACUGUAAGUCAAAUUUAUGGGAUGGAAUCUUCUUACACAACUAGCUUGGGUAUCAGAGGUAUUCCUGCUAAGGUAGAUUUAAGAAUAUGGUGAUUGAUGAGGGUGAAAAUAAAUAAUUUCUAAGCAUGA